UCUUCCAUCGGCGAGAGCCUUAAACGGGAAGCCCUAAAGAAGCAAGCAAUGAAACAAACCAAGCUGGAGAUCCAGAGGGCUCUGGCCGAGGACUCCACCGUCUACGAAUACGACAGCAUCUACGAGGACAUCCAGCAGAAGAAGGAGGCCGAGAGCCAGGCCAGCGUCCUGGCGAGCAAAGAGGAAAAAAAGCCCAAAUACAUCCAGAACAUCCUGCAGGCGGCCGAGCUGCGGAAGAAGGAGCAGGAGCGGCGGAUGGAGAAGAAGAUCCAGAAGGAGCGGGAGUCGGAAGGAGACGCCUUCCAGGACAAGGAGGCCUUCGUCACCUCGGCCUACAAGAAGAAGCUGCAGGAAAGAGCCGAGGAGGAGGAGCGGGAGAGGAGGGAGGCGGCGGUAGAAG